UGACAAGUGUCAUUGAACAGAUAACCUUUUAUAAAUGUGUUUAGUGACCAGCCUUCUUGAGGGCUGAAUGGGUUGUGAAAGAACAGCUAAAAACAAACAAAGUCCCUCUACUUAAGUAGGACACAGUUUUGUAGUUGGGAAGCUAAGAUAGACGUGGAACAAUGGGUACCAUGUCGAGUGGGCAGUGCAGGCCAUGGGUGGUUUGGGACCUCCAAAUUGGGGGUCGGGGAGAGGGGCUAUGGGAGGCAAGAGUGAUUAGAGAGGGCUGCACUGAAGAGUGCGGUUCCCACUGUUGUUGUGACAAAUUAGCACAAAGUCAGUGACUUAAAACAACACAAAUUUGUUAUCAUACAGCCCUGGAAGUCAUAAUUUCAACACCAUUCUUACCAGACUAAGAUCAACAUGUUCGCAGAGCCGUGUUCCUCCUGGACAUUCUAGGGAAGAAUCCAUUCCUUCCCUUUUCCAGCUUCUAGAGGUCACUCCUAUUCCUUGGCUCACGGCCUCCACCCCAUCUUCAAAGCCAGCAAAGGCAGGCCGGAUCCUUCUCACGCUGCAGUCUCUCUGGCUCCCUGCAGCUGGGAAAGGUGGUCCUUUCUAAAGCACCUUUGUGAUGACAUGAGGCCACUUGGAUAAGGCAGGAAAACCUCCCAUCUCAAGGUCUUUAAUCUUAAUCACAUCUGCAAGGUCCCUUUGCCAUGCAAGGGAACAUAUUCAUAGGUUCCAGGGAUUAGGACGUGGACAUUUUUGGGGUGGAGGGGCCUGAUUCUGCCUGUCAUAUUAUCCUUGAGCUAGUCCUGGAGGGGGUCACUGGCUCCUCUCUUAGGAGGGUGUUCAUUUUGAGGGUGUAGCCUGCAUUGGAGCCGGGAGGUGAUGACAAACGUGUGUGGAACCCAGCGUGCAUAUGCUGGGGAGCAGCACACUGGGCGAGGUGGGUGGAGAGGACCAGAGGGCACAGAGCUUGUCGAUGCUAGGCAGAGAACUUGGAUUUGACCCAGGAGACCGUGGGGCACCAUCAAGGCACCUUCAGAAGGAGAGUAACAGGAUACAUUUGCUUUGGGGGGUGAUAAUUCUGGGAACAGUGUCUUCAAGGAUGCAGGAAGGAUCAAAGGCAUUCAGGAGAAUUGAUGGAGUAACCCAGGGGAAGCAGAUGGUGCCUGAUGGAGCAGGUGAUGGUGGAAAGGUGUCACACAUCAGACUCCCAGGGGCUGACACCUAGUGCAUGCUCACUAAAGAAUGAGUAGGUGAAUGGUAGCAUGUAACUCCAGUGACAUUUCUUGGGUCUAUCAAAAAUCUCAAACUGCAUUUAAUAUACCUAAAGAAUCCUCGUAGAAUUUCUCAAUUGUCAUUUUUUAGAUAUAGCUUUUGUUUAUAUAUAUUUGUCAUUAUGCAGUAUUUAUUUAUUUAUUUUAUUUUUUAGAGACGAGGUCUUGCUCUUUUGCCCAGGCUGGAGAGCAGUGGCACGAUCACAGCUCACUGGAGCCUCCAACUUCUAGGCUCAAGCCAUCCUCUCACCUCAGCCUCCUGAGUACCUAGGACUACAGGCUGUGAAGAUCAUUCACCGAUGAAGACAGACCCAGUUGGAUCCCCUUUGUCUGAAUUCAGGAGAUGUCCAUUUCUGGAGCAAGAACUGGCAAAGAAAUACUCCUGUAAUAUGAUGGCCUUCCUUGCUGACGAAUACUGCAACUAUUGUCGAGACAUUUUACGAAAUGUGAGGAACCGAGAACUUGAGAGGGUGGAGGACUUGCUUACUUCCUUCUGGAAGUCUCUGCAGCAAGACACAGUCAUGCUGAUGUCACUGCCUGACGUGUGCCAGCUCUUUAAAUGCUACGACGUCCAGCUGUACAAGGGGAUUGAGGAUGUUCUCCUUCAUGACUUCUUGGAAGAUGUUUCUAUUCAGUACCUGAAAUCUGUGCGGUUAUUUAGUAAGAAAUUUAAGCUGUGGCUCCUUAAUGCUUUGGAAGGUGUUCCAGCCCUCUUGCGGAUCUCCAAACUCAAAGAAGUUACUCUAUUUGUCAAAAGACUCAGAAGAAAGACGUACCUUUCCAACAUGGCUAAGACUAUGCGAAUGGUAUUGAAAAGUAAGAGGCGUGUCAGCGUUUUGAAGUCAGAUCUACAGGCCAUCAUCAAUCAAGGCACUUUGGCUACUUCUAAGAAAGCCCUGGCAAGUGACCGGAGUGGCGCAGAUGAACUGGAGAACAACCCAGAGAUGAAAUGUUUAAGAAACUUAAUUUCUUUGCUGGGAACAUCAACAGAUCUCAGGGUAUUCCUCAGCUGUCUGUCUUCACAUCUCCAAGCAUUUGUGUUCCAGCCAAGCAGAAGCAAAGAAGAGUUUAUCAAAUUGGCCGCCAGCUUCCAGCUGAGAUGGAAUCUUCUUCUCACUGCUGUAAGCAAAGCCAUGACCCUCUGCCACAGAGAUAGUUUUGGCUCCUGGCAUCUGUUUCACUUGUUGCUUUUGGAAUAUAUGAUUCAUAUACUUCAGUCAUGCCUAGAGGAGGAAGAGGAGGAGGAGGACAUGGGGAAUGUCAAGGAAAUGCUACCAGAUGACCCGACUCUCGGCCAGCCAGACCAGGCACUUUUCCACUCUCUGAAUUCCUCACUGUCGCAGGCGUGUGCCAGCCCCAGCAUGGAGCCACUGGGGGUGAUGCCGACACACAUGGGCCAGGGCCGAUAUCCCGUGGGUGUGAGCAACAUGGUCCUCAGGAUCCUGGGCUUCCUGGUGGACACUGCCACGGGCAAUAAGCUCAUCCAGGUGCUGUUGGAAGAUGAAACCACUGAAAGCGCAGUUAAACUCAGCCUUCCUAUGGGACAAGAAGCCCUCAUAACCCUAAAAGAUGGACAACAAUUUGUGAUUCAGAUAUCAGAUGUACCCCAAAGCUCUGAAGAUAUUUAUUUCAGAGAAAACAAUGCUAAUGUGUGAGAUUAUUUAUUUGAAUAGAGAAUAAGAAAACUGAUAGACUUGCAUUCUUAAAAAUAUUAAAUACUAAAGUUUUUCUAUUGAUGAAAGAUGAUGUUAUGUAUAUAAUAGAUGUAGCAUUGUCUAUUUUAUGUUUAUAUGUAUUUCAAGGAGGUGGUUUUGAUAAAAUAUGUAAACUGAGUUGGAGAAUAA